AUGAUGGAUCCUGGAAAAGAUGUUGCCUUGCACAAAAGUUUACGAAUAAAAUUGGGUUGGAAAUUCCAAAUCCAAACUCAAACAUCCACUUUAGUGCGUCAGUUUAUUUGUAUUACUUGGGUCACCAGGAUGUCGUUCAAGAAGGGCAAUGUUCCAUCAUAUGUGUUUGCGUCCCAAGACCCCGUUACCAAGCUAUAUGACCAUGUCCCAAAUGCACUAAAAAAAGGCUCAAACCUGGCGGAUGAGAAAAACUUGCCAUGGAUCGCACUGUAUUCCAGCGUAAAUUUCCUGACGGAGACCGUUCAGUCCGACCCGGAUUUUCUUGCGCUGCUUGAUAUGUGGAUCCACAAGGUGGCUGCCGAUUUGAUUAAUGACAUUGAUAAGGCCUUGUCGAUCGUGGUUUCCAUCGUUGUUUGUAGCCAACAUGUUUCGUAUCUCGACUGGCUCAAGCUGGCUGAUCCCUCUAUUUCAGAGCUUCUUAGAUGCGUGGAAACUGCAGAGCUCCAGCCGAUCUCGAUAUGUUUUUCAGAAUCAAGCUCAUUUUUUCAAGAGAUUCUGGGAAUCUCUUCCAAUGACGACUUUACACUUUCAACUCUUCCAAUCUCGUCUCUUUCCUGCUUGCCAAAUAAUGACACCCAAAGUGUAAAUCAAAGGCUGGUAUCCGUUUUGGGCAAAAUUAGCUAUUUGUGCUCCCGAGAAAACCAUGUGCUUUUGGAGGGCAUGUUUUCGUGUCCAAAAUGCAAAGUCCAGCAGCGAAAAUCUUUCUUCAAGGAUAUCUAUCACGUAUCGUUAUUCCAGAUCUACCAAUUAUUAACGGAAUCAAAAGUUGACAAGUUGACAAGUUCUCCGCUUGGAAGAGCAUUUCCAAGUGCGAGACGCCGUCCUGCAAAACAGCGCUGGACUCGAUGUAUAUUGACUGGAAAAGCCCUGAAAACAGGCUUUUCUCCUAUUACUAUGCAAGGUAACUACUUGGUCGGUUUAUUAUCAUUAAGGCUCGCCUCGAUAUCGGAAGAUCCUGUGGCCUCUGUAUUUUGCAUCAUCCCAUCGCAUGUGGGAAAUGCUGCAAUUCUGGCGCCUGGGAUGGUGGUCCAAAUGUGUGGGCUUGUGUUUAACUCCUUGAUUCCAAUGGACUUUCUUGUACACCAAAAGACAGCUUUAUCAAAGUGCUGGAUGUUGGGUCAAUCUCUUUCGCAAAUAAAGCCAAUAUGUCAAGAAACCUCCUUUUCAAUAAACGAGCUUUCUCCAUUUACCUCUCAAAUUUCCAUAUUUGACAUGUUGAUCUUAUCCUGCUUUCCCACGAUCAGCUCGAAUGAAAUUCCUAAAUGUGCUUUGGUUCUGAACAUGGUUUCUUCUCUGAUAAAAUCUGCUGGAUCCCUUUGUAGGAAGCAUCUCAGAACACUAUUAAUAGGAUCUCAUGGUACGGGAAAAAGUUCGCUGAUCUUACAAACCUCCACCAUUUUAUACCCAUUUUCUUCAGUGAUCUCUUUGUCUUGUAAUUCGUUGAAAGGUCAAAACGAUGCAUUGGAAUCCCUUAUUACGAAUCUUGAUGGUGCUGGGCUAUAUUGCUUUGACGAUUGCGAAAAGUUUUCCAGGCUUUCUUCGUUUUUGGAGCUGUAUUUUGAACUAUCGGGCAAUCAAUCUGAAAGGGGGCGAUACGAAUAUUGGAGCUAUUCUACAGAUGCAACUAUAGUCUCGAGCCCCAUUGGAGGCACCUAUGAUGUCGACCUUGUUUCAAAUACAAAAUUGCCUCAUGGGCUUCUUGACGAAUUUGACCUUAUUGUUCUGGUCAAUGACCAGCCAAAUGCCCAAGUCGAGUCCAUCAUCUCAGACCAUCUGGUGUCAUCUUCAUCAUCGUGUGUAUCCUCCGUUAAAUAUGGUCUGAAAAAGGAACACUACAGUUUUCAUGGAAAUGACGCUGCGCUAUUAAGCAGCAAGAAAAAGAGGUCUUUAGAUAUCUCUGGAUCGGGAAUGAAUCUGGUCGAGCGGCUCAAAUAUUACCAAUCUCAAAAUCUUCCCUUGGUGCCGAUUUCAUUGAUCAGAAAAUACCUGUUUAGCUUUCCCCUGGAUUUCGCACCAAAUGUAUCCUCGAUUGUCGAUUUGAGAACACGUCCUGUAAACACAAAAAAGGGUAAAGCGCCCAAAAAGCAAGGCAAGCAGGCAAUUGUUAAAAGGUAUCUCGUGUGCUUCCCUCAUUUUAGCAUCAUGGAAAAAAUUGGCAACCAAGCAGCUGCAAAUGCAGAUGGACUGAUCUCGGAAUCAGAUGUAAAGCAAAUCAUUUCGUCAAUGGACGGGUCAAAUGCAAGUGGAGAUUUGAUGGACCAGCUGAAUCUCUCCGGGUAUUUAAUUAGAGUAUCCCCUGGAUACUACAAGUGGAGAUCGAUGGAAUAA